AUGGUGAAUGAGAUUACAAUACUCCAGCAACGUCGCCAUGUUGUUUACGUUCAUAUAAAUAGGCAUCAUCAUUCAUCACUCCACAUAUCAACACUUUCUCAUUCUCUCCAAUCACACAACCAAACCCCUCAUCCUUCCAAGACAAAGAGCAAAGAGUUAACGUAUAUAAUGGCAAACGGCGGCGAUCUCCGUCCUACCGCCGCAGGAUCAUCCAUCGAACAAGAGUCUCCGGUGGUUCUUCCUCCUCCUCCACGUGAAAUCCCCACCGCCAAUAUCCCUCCUGCAAGAUCCACCGCACCAAAUACAGUCAAUCUUACUGAAGAGAAUCAAUUUUUAGUCAACUCAUUGCGCUACUACACCGCCUUAACUCAUCAAGAAAGGGAGACGUUUAUGCAGUCGUUGUUCAACUUAAUGACUAGCAACGAAGAAGACGGUGCGGCUCAGUUCAGAGAGGUGGUCUCAAGAAGCGAUCUUCCGAUGAUGGGCUUGUUGCUGACGUCAGAUCUCGAUCGUUUCUUGGAGAUGGCAAGAAACAAGAACGGCUCCAACCGCAUACAGGAGCUACUCGGAAUAACAGACGACCUGGACAUCUUCUUCUUUAACGCUAUAACGCGCCGCUUCGUCAACUUCAUGACCGACUAUGAGGCGUCCAGAGUUGGGACGCAAGGGAUGCAAGUUUUCAACCAGGAGAGGCAAAAAACUAUGUACGACUACGUUCUCGACAACGCGAUUCACCUGGCGUGUAACCGAACCGGCUACGCCGUGCUGAAAAAAAUCAUAGACGGCUUGGGCCAUUUGUUCUACAGAGACCGGCUCUUGGACAUAGUGGCGCAAAACGCUCUCCGCUUAAGCUACCACGCUCAUGGGAACUACGUGGUCCAGCACGUGCUUAGAUUGAAUGACUUGCGUUGCACGCAUAACGUUGGAGUUAGCCUCAGCGACCGUUGCUUUGGCCUUUCUUUUACGAAGUCUGGAAGCCACGUCGUGCAGACGCUUUUGGAUACGGAGGCGGCGGCGGCUGUUAUGGUGGUGGAAGAGUUGCUGCGGCGUGAUGAAGAGAGUUUGGUGAGGCUGGCGAGGAGUGAGUACGGGAAUUACGUGGUGUUGAAGGCACUGAGAGUGAUGCGGGAGAGUAGGAAUAGGAUGUAUUUGUUUUGGCGUUUGGCGAAUAAGUUCAGGCCCUACGUUCAUCUCUUGCGUGGACGCAACGUUGGUGAAUACUUGUACUGGCUUCGUUAGAUUUGUCACAAUGCCUGCAGGUUCUAUUGCUACGAUAUAUGCUGAAAGUUGUUAGAUU